GGCCACCGCAGCUCCGGUCCGAUCGUGAGAUUGGCAAGAGAGGGAGUGAAAGUUUGGAGACAAGAAGGAGAAGCUGCAGCUGUCUUUGGGCUUUGGUCUGGACGCACUUUUACUGCAGCCUGCAGGAGCUCACAGCCUCAGGAGGGACAAAGAAACUCCAACCAAAAUAUGGCCACCCAGUGUUUGCCCUGCUGCACUGUCAUACUGUUAGUGCUAUUAGAACUGGCUGUUGCCCAGUAUGAACACCUCGGCUACCCUCCGGGGUACCCCGAACCUGAACAGGAGCAGUACACCGCCCCACAGCUGUCAGCAGACACGCCAAGGAUUCAGCUCCGAUUGGCGGGAGAUAAGAGGAAACACAACGAGGGUCGCGUAGAAGUUUUCUACAACAACGAAUGGGGCACUGUCUGCGAUGAUGACUUCACUAUCCAUGCAGCCCAGGUGGUGUGCAGGGAGCUGGGCUACCUGGAAGCCAUCUCAUGGUCACCAUCCUCAAAAUAUGGGAAAGGACAAGGACCCAUCUGGUUUGACAAUCUCCACUGCACUGGCAAAGAAAAGACCUUGGCGCUGUGUCCCUCCAAUGGAAUCGGUGUUUCAGACUGCAAACACAGUGAAGAUGUAGGCGUUGUGUGCAGUGACAAGAGAAUCCCUGGAUUUAAAUUUGUCAACACCCUGCCCAACCAUGUGGAGAGCCUCGACAUUCAAGUGGAGGACGUGCGUAUACGAGCCAUCCUGUCAUCGUACCGAAAGCGGAUCCCUGUAACAGAGGGCUAUGUGGAGGUCAAGGAUGGCGGAAAAUGGAAGCAGAUUUGUAACGCAGAGUGGACCCAGCUUAAUGGCAGAGUCAUCUGUGGCAUGUUUGGCUUCCCCGGGGAGAGGAAGUACAAUGCCAGAGUUUACAAGAUGUUUGCUCGCCGGAGAAAGCCCACAUACUGGGACUAUUCUGUGAACUGCACUGGCAAUGAAGCCCAUUUGUCCAGCUGUAAACUGGGCCAGGUUUCAUCACUGAAGUCCAAUGAGACCUGUGCUGGAGGGUUGCCUGUUGUGGUGAGCUGUGUGCCCGGCAGAGACUUUGCUCCAACGCCAAUGACGGGAUUCAGGAAGGCCUUCAGACAGGAGCAACCACUGGUUCGUCUUCGUGGUGGGGCCAUCGUAGGCGAGGGCCGAGUGGAGGUGUUGAAAAAUGGAGAGUGGGGCACCAUAUGUGAUGAUAACUGGAACCUGCUGUCUGCCACCGUGGUGUGUCGAGAGCUGGGCUUCGGUACGGCCAUAGAGGCCUUGUCUGGAGGUCGCCUGGGACAAGGUAUGGGCCCUGUGCAUAUGAAUGAGGUGGAGUGCUCUGGAUUUGAGAAGUCCAUCACAGAGUGCUUCUUCAACAAGGAGGCUAUUGGUUGCAGCCAUGAGGAGGAUGCAGCCGUUAGAUGUAACGUUCCUGCUAUGGGCUUCCAGGAGUCGCUGCGCCUGAGUGGAGGUCGGAACCCCUAUGAGGGCCGUGUGGAAGUGCUGAUGGAGAGGAACGGUUCUCUGGUUUGGGGGACGGUGUGCAGUGAAGGCUGGGGAACCAUGGAGGCCAUGGUGGUUUGCAGACAGCUGGGCCUGGGCUUCGCCAGCAACGCUUUCCAGGAGACUUGGUAUUGGCCAGGAGAGGUGACUGCUGACGCUGUGGUGAUGAGUGGCGUUCGCUGCUCUGGUACUGAGAUGUCGCUGUCCCACUGCCUGCACCACGGAGCCCACCUCAGCUGCCCUAGGGGAGGCGGACGCAAUGCCGCUGGAGUCUCCUGCUCUGAGACGGCGCCUGACCUGGUGUUGAACCCUCAGGUGGUGGAGCAGACCACCUACAUGGAGGACAGGCCCAUGUUCAUGCUGCAGUGUGCGUUUGAGGAGAAUUGUCUGUCCUCCACCUCCAGCCAGGCGCCGGCCAACUCCUAUCGCCGCCUGCUGCGCUUCUCAUCCCAGAUCCACAACAACGGCCAGUCUGACUUCCGGCCCAAAGCUGGCAGGCACUCCUGGGUGUGGCACGACUGUCACAGGCAUUAUCACAGCAUGGAGGUGUUUACGCUCUAUGACCUGUUCAGCCUCAAUGGAACCAAAGUGGCAGAAGGACACAAAGCAAGUUUUUGUCUGGAGGACUCAGAGUGUGAUGAAGGAAUUGAAAAGAGGUACGAAUGUGCUAACUUUGGAGAUCAGGGGAUCACUGUGGGCUGCUGGGAUACCUACAGGCACGACAUCGACUGCCAGUGGAUUGACAUAACUGAACUCAAACCUGGAGAUUACAUUUUCCAGAUAGUAAUUAACCCAAACUAUGAGGUACCGGAGACAGACUACUCAAAUAACAUACUGAAAUGCAGAUGUCGAUAUGAUGGCCAUCGUGUGUGGAUGUACAGCUGCCAUAAUGGUGGCUCAUUAAGCAUCGAAACAGAACAGACGUUCCCAGGGCUCCUCAACAACCAGGUGACCCACAGGUAAAGACAAAGCAGAGGAGAUGAGUCGACUGGCAGUCCCCCUUCCUGCAGGAAGGCCAUCUGAAACCCACCAACCACUCCGCAUCUCCAUCUGUGGUGGAUUCCCCCUGUCAGCCCUGCCCUGGUCAAACUAUGUUGUUACAUUUUCCCUCCUAUUAGGAAGAGCCCUCCUUCUCCCACGGCUGAAAAAGUAUUGUUUUCCCCCUCCGGUCCAAACAGAGGCAGCUACAGCCUUACCAACACUUCCAUGUUAAGAACGAGAUUGGUGAUGCUGUCCUUGUGCCUUGUAACUUUUUUCUUUUAAAUGAGUGAUGAAAUAAACCUGCCGGGAAGUGGCAGGUAUUUUACACAAGCUGCAGUAUUGGGGAAUGUCAUCAAGACUGUGUCUUCUUUGAAGUGCAGCACUUUAACAGAACCCUGCUGCAACACUUUUUGUUCAAAGCUUCCCUGUCAGUGGCAGGUCGCCUGAGGAUUGAGAGGAACCAUGGAUAACAAUAGCAGUGGUCUGUCUUUGGAAAUAAAGUCAGUGUUCUUCCACUUUUCAUAAAGUGCCUCUUACACACAUACACUGAGUUUAUGUUCCACAGACAAACUGAGCAUUUCUGUUGCAUGUCAGUUAUUCAAGCUGAAGUUUCACAUCUUAAUUGAGGAGUUUACAAAUCAAGUUGCGGCACAAACAAGUCCUCAAAAACCAAACAGCCCAUUCAUCACAAAUUACAAGUGCUAAUUGCUUGAUUCAGCUGUAAAAUUAAUCCAGCAAGGCUGAACUAUCACAUACUGAGACGCCUCAGAGUGCCCCAAAGCCUUCUUUUAAAUAACUGGAGCAUAUGUUCUCUCAAAUUGCUCUACACGAACAAGGACUGUAGUCUUUGCAUCAAAUCUGAUUAGGCCACAUUUCAAAGAGGAGUCGCGCUAGGCCUAUAAUCCUUUGUGGGCAUUGGUGUCCCAAUGUGUGUUGGAAGCAAUCUCAGUUAGUCCAGAAAUCAUUUAAGCAAAUUUUACCCACAGAUUUACCUAUAAUUUACACUAUAGUAUGCAUUACCUAAGAGGUUUUAGUUUUGACCAGCACUGAUAGUAGUUUUCUAGUUACUGUGCAAAAUUGACAAAAAAAAUAAAUAAAUAAUACUGAUUUAGAACUGGGUUAUGUCCUCCCUUUGGUAAGUUUGAGAUUGAUGUCAGCUUCCAGACACUGUCUUGUUCUGAUAUAUCCAUAACUCUUUUUAUGAUAUGUAGCAAUAUUUUGCUUUUGAAGCUAAUAUAUCUACGUUUUUUCUCUCCCCGUUCAGUGCCUUUAUAAAAUACUCACAUUCAUUACACCCACCAUCUUUAAAGACCAAUUUAAUACCACCUAGAAAUCUAGUUUUUUAUAACUUAAAGUCCAGAUGAAAAUAAAUUGCCUGCUUUACAGCCUACCGAUCCACUCUGUAGGUUCCUGUUUUAUAGUCUGCUUUUAGGACGACAUAGCCAGUCUGUGCCAUUGGUUCUUUGUCUUGUCUUCUGUCAUCUAACUGCACAAAGACCUGGUCACAGCAGCAUUUAAAACAGCUCCAUUUUGCUGCAGUUUCCAAUCAUUCCAAUUAAAUCAUUGUAAUUAGUGUAUCCUUUCGCUGGUGCAAAGUAAAUGAGUGCAAAUUGUGCAAAAGCUAUCGUUGCUAAUCAGCUGUGUUGCACCAUCAACUUUUAUUUAACCUGCUCUGUUAGAGUAAAACUGUUACACAAAAGAGGAGACAUUUAUGAGACAGGAAGUGAUGGUAGGCCUACAAAUGCGUCUUUCGAAAAAACUGUGUGAAGUUUUUAUCCUGCUUAUGAUCGAGCUAAGCUAACAAGGUUUUGAUUUUGAUAACUGAUCUUUUGCAAGUUUCCGGGGAACAUAGGACCAUUAUCAAGUUCCCAUUAUGUGCUAUAUAAAUCUGGGAAUAUGGCACCCUGGGAACAUAGGACCCUGUGUCAAGUUCCCAUUAUGUACUAUAUAAAUCUGGGAAACAAAGAACCUUGUAAACAUAGGAGUCUUGGCGAGUACAUAUGUAGGUCUGGGGAACAAAGGACCCUGGGAACAUGGACUCAGGGAGCACUGGAAUUACCCUACUAGCACCAGCCCAGAUAGCUAGCGCUUUAAUGUCUCACCAGGCAACCACAGCAAUUUACCAACUAUCCCUGAUACUAUAGUCACUACAUCACUACUAGAGCCAAAUAUUAUGCAAAGCCACAUGAAUAUAUUUUGCUGUACCAUUUUCUAGUUGUGACCAGGCCUUAAAGCAGAAACUGUUGUAUCAGAGGCUGAGUAACAGCCAGAUAGCAGUCUGAGACACAACAUAAAAGAGGACAAACUUUGAACCAUUUCACAUUAACUUUCAAGCUAUCUUAUUCUAAUAUCUUCUUCAUAUCUACUGUACAAGAAGGUAGCUUAACUUAGCUGAAAGAGCUACCAACCAUUGCGGGGUAGAUAGCUAAUUAGCUAGUCAGCUGUAGCACAUGGUAGGCUACCAGCAACACUGCCAACAAAUUUCUGUCUGACCUUUGCUUGUAAGCUAGCAGUCAAAGACACGCACUCAUAGUCUUGAAGGCUUAAGAGGUUUUUUAAUGUUUGUCAAAAGGGCUAUUUUCUUCCUUUGAAUAAUAAAAAUAUCAAUGAUUCAUUGAAAAAUCGCUCUGAACUUUUCUUUAAGACACAUGAGUGUAUGUGUUACUGAAAUGUGUCUUAAGUCUUCCACAGCCAGUGGCACGCUGUUGGUUCUACAGGAGGAUCAUAGGACUGUUCUACAGUAUCAUGCUUUCACAUACAGGAAGGUUUCAGCCGUUAUUUGUUGCCUUUACAAGGAAACACAAGAGCACAGGUAUCAUCCUCUCAGAGAAAGCUCAUGGAAUAGCGUUUCUCCCCGUUAAGAGUUGCAGAUAUUAGUUACUGUUACUGAAGUUAGGUUUUUUUUUUACAGUUUUAUUCCUCGUUUUAAAAUAAUAUGUUACGUACAAUAAUGUGUGUGUGAAUCCUGUUUUAUUGUACUUUUUUAUAAUGGUGCUAUCAAACUGGUCCUCUGUUUUCUGAGGGUGCAGUACGUGUUGAACAGCUACAUUAUGUAUACUAACAGUAUACUUGAACUGAGAAAUAAAUUGCUUUGUGUGUUAAACUAUAAUAAAGGUCUGAGUUACGGAGCAACCAAAUCUUUGCUGUUAAAUGUUGUUUCUAUUCAUUUUUUCCUCACUAUAUUUAUAUUUUGCGCGUCACCCUGCUUCACAUAUUUUCCAUAACAAAAACUGUAAUUCGCAGCUGCUGUUUGCAGGCAUUUUGUUUAAGUUUGAUAUUUGAUACGUGAACAUCAAUUAUCUUAAACAUCCUUCCCUCCUCUGCAUUGAAACCACUGUGCGACACUAAAGAAACAGAUUACAGCACAGACUUGAGUGACUUGAGCUCAGCACACUACCAUCAGCUGGUGUCUUUGUGACUGUGAGCUAAAAGAGUCUCUUUCUUGUUGCACUCGAUUUCCCACGAGUGUUUCUUGUUUUUCCACAUAUGUUUACCUGAGGUAGGAGAAACAAUCAGUCAUCUCUGGCAGCAUUUACACUGCAGCAGCUGUGAUUUUUUUUUAACCCCUUCUGUUUCUGACUUCAUUUAUGCACACCCUAAAAGAGUCUCACACAGUGGUUGUAAAUAAGAAUUUUCCUUCCAAAAUAGAUUCCAUAA